AUGAACGCCCAAGUCCUGCCCAGCGAGCUGGUCCUCGCUGGGAGGCAGAUGGGCAAGCCGACGGCCCAGAUGAAGAGACUACUAGGGGGAUUUCCGACGCCCAUGCCCGACGCUCCCGUCUCGGUCAUGUUUCUCCUCUUGUUCUGCGUGGGCGGCUUCUUGCACAUGAACAUGUACAAGGCCAACAGCAAGCGGGGUCAUAAAUUCCUCAUCUCGGGUCUGAUGUUCGACUUUUGCAUGGUCCGAGUCGUCACCUUCAUUUUCCGCAUCCUCUGGGCCUAUAUCGGCCUCCACACGUCUGGUGUUGUUCUAGUUGGCAUCAUGGUCCAAAACGGCGGAGCCGUAGUCAUCUCUGCCAUCAACCUAUUUUUUGUCCAGCGCCUCAUUCGAGCUAUGCAUCCUUCUAUCGGCUGGCACCCUGCAUUCAGUCAGACAUCGCUCUUGCUGAUCUGGUCCUGCCCGGCUGUUACAAUGAUGAAUCUUAUUGCCGGGUGCAUCAACGCCUUGGUACCAACGCAGGAGAAGGGGGCUGAGACGGUGCUGAAAAUAGGCGGUUGCUGGAACAUGAUGCUUGCGGUCACGCCUCUGGUCUGGCUGUUCAUGGCGAGCGCCAAGCCAGGUCCGACCCCUGAAAACUUUGGUGUUGGCGAUUUUCGCGCCAAAGCAAGCUUGCUUGUCUUUGGUGCGUCGCUCAUGACGGUUGGAGCAGCUGUGAGGCUCGCUGUGUUCUUCAACCAGGGCGGCCCCGAUAGGUUGUUCAGCAAAGCCACGCUCUACAUUACUCAGUUUGUGUUUGAGCUGCUGAUUGUCUUUGUGUAUGCUUUUUUCCGCAUCGAUCAAAUCUACCACAUUCCCAACGGGUCCAGUGGACCAGGAGACUACUCUGCAAAUUCAUGCCCCGUGCGUAGAUGGACGCCGGAAGAGAUCGAGAGAGAGGUUGGGAAGCUUGGUAUCCGCUACGAGAUCCUGACAUCACGGAGAAGCAAUAAGAUGGCACCGGUGUUUGCGUUGUUGUAUCCAUCCUCUAACGGAGGACCUUUCCAAACAGUCGCGAAUAGUGAGAAGGAAUUACCAGGAGUGCCUCGGGAAUACGAGAAUAGAAGUCUCCCUCAAAGACCCCGAAGAGUGAGUCGGUUGGACAUCUUUACUGGUAAUGCUUACCCUGAGCAGCUUCUCCGAUCAAAGAGAACCGCGAAGUACAUGGAGAUGACUCCAACUGUAUCUUAUUCACACCAUGAUUAUGAUCAGCGUCAAUAUGUGUAA